AUGGGGAAAGACUACUACAGCAUCCUAGGGGUUCCUAGGACUGCCACUGAAGAUGAUAUCAAGAAAGCAUACAAGAAACUUGCUUUGAAAUGGCAUCCUGACCGAAACCGCGACAAUAAAGAAGCCUCCGAAAAGAAAUUCAAGGAAAUCGGCGAAGCCUAUGAAGUUCUCUCUGACUCUCAGAAGCGUGCAAUCUUUGAUCAGGUCGGCGAGGAAGGACUAAAAGGCGGUAUGCCACCACCACCUCCAGGUGGGAUGCCCGGUGGAAUGCCCGGUGGGAUGCCAGGUGGGAUGCCAGGUGGGAUGCCCGGAAUGGGUGGAUUCGGUGGUAUGCCAUUUGAAUCGUUCAACUUUUCCACAGGUCCCGGUGGGCCUCACAGUGGAGGCCAUGGCAGCAGAGCAAAUUUCGCUUUCAACCCCUCAGCAGCUGAAGAUAUUUUCUCCAAGUUCUUCGGGGGUGGAAAUCCAUUUGGCCAAAGCCGCAGCGGUUUUGAUACUGAUAUGCACAUGGGUGGCAUGGACGAUGACGGGUUCGGCGGAAUGGGUGGCAUGCCUGGCGGAUUUGGUGGGAUCCCACGAAGUCACACAAUGCCCACACAUACUUCCACAGCCCCUACAGCGUACACACACAAUCUCACCUGCACACUAGAGGACCUAUACAAAGGAACAACCAAGAAACUGAAAUUCACACAGCCAAACGGUUCGGAACCACUGAUACUCCAGAAUGUCAUAAAACCGGGGUAUAAAGCUGGAACCAAACUCAAGCACAAUAACGUUCUCUUAACCGCAGACGGAACCAAACAAACUGUUGAAGUUGUAAUCCAGGAGGCGAAGCAUCCGAGAUUUGUAAGAGAUGGGGAUAAUCUCAAGACCGACCUCGAUGUUUCGUUGGACGAAGCUUUAGGUGGCAUUAACCGGACAGUUGAGCAUCUGGAUGGAAGAAAAAUCCCUGUCAAACUAAACAAAGGGAUCCAGCCCGGACAAGUGGUUAUCAAGAAAGGUGAAGGAAUGCCCAAUAGCAAGACCGGCAUGAAGGGCGACUUGUUUGUCACACUGAAAGUCAAAAUUCCGCCGUUGGCAGAGAGUCAGAUCAAAAAGAUACAGGAAAUUCUGAGAAGCAGCGCCUAA